AGAAAGCGAUCGAUUUUUAUUUUAUAAAUUGUAUAUAAAAUAGGUAGGACAUAUUUAUUAGUAAAGUGUUAUAACAAAUUAGAUAUUUUGUAUACUAACAAAAAAGAAAUUGGAUAAGUAUUCAAUAUUCAUAUAAUAUUGUUGUAAGUUGGUGAUAGUGUGAGCUCGAAGCAAGUUUUAGAAUAUGUUUGUACGAAUAACUGGAGUGAAAAAACAGGUGUUGGUAUCUUUGUGUCUAUACUUGGGUCAAAUAGCUGUUGGAUACAAUUCGGCCUGGACUGGAACUAUUACUCCAAAGUUGGAGGAUCCAGAACAAUCGCCGAUUCCGUAUAACCUGACCGAUACGCAAUUGUCUCUGGUUGGCACGAUUGCAUAUCUAGGGGCUAUACCAGGUCCUUACGUGUCUGGGUGGCUAUCAAAUAUCGCUGGAAGGAAGCCAUGUCUGCUGGGCAGUGCUACACUCGCAUGUAUAGGGUCAUGUCUACUGUCUCUUGCUACGAACAUAGCCAUGGUGUAUUGUGGCAGGGUAAUUCUGGGUUUCGCUGAAGGCAUACUGACUGUGAUGUCGAUUGUGUAUAUUGGAGAAAUUGCAUCGACAAAUAUUAGAGGCAUUCUUCUAAUAUUGAUUGGUAUAUCUCAAACAUCAGGAACUAUAUUGAUGUUCGGAAUUGGAACAUUUCUGUCGUAUUCUGGGACGACUUUCUGUGGUUUUGGCAUGUUUGUAUGUGUUGCUAUAGGAGCCAUAUUUAUACCAGAGUCUCCUUUAUUCUAUGUUUUAAAAGGUGAUGAUGAAAAAGUCAAAGAAGCUUUACAAGAUUUGGGCAGAUCAGAAGACAUAGAUAAACUGCUGUCAGUUAAAAAGGAGUAUGUGCAAAACAGUAGCAUGAAAGAUUGGUCUGAGUUAUUUACAAUAAGAAGUAAUAGAAAGGCGUUUUUCAUUGUACUUAUUAUAAACCUCUUGCAAAAUACCAGUGGAUUUACCGUGGUUCUGUAUUUCUGUGGGUCUAUAUUUAAAAUGGCUGGCUCGUCAGUUAGCACUAAUCUCUCUAUGAUCAUUAUUGUGUCCUUUCAACUGAUUGGAAGCGUUUUAUCAUCAGUGUUUGUCGAGAGGGCAGGAAGAAGAGUCAUGUUACUGAUAUCCACAUUCUUAUGCUCGUUGAGCAUGUUUCUGCUGGGGUUAUACUUUUAUUUAAAUUCUGUGGACACGACGUUAGUCGAAAAAUUUAAAUGGUUUCCUUUAGUAAUAUUGGUUGUAUAUUCGAUCUCAUAUGAUUUUGGUUUCGCCGCAAUCCCAAAUGUAAUUGUAGGUGAAAUGUUCACGUCUAACGUCAGAAGCAAAGGAUCAACUUUGACCAUGACUCUGGCGUGGUUAUAUGGAUUUCUCGUGACCACAGGGUGUGGAAUCCUGUUGGAAAUCGUUGGCGGCCAUGUAAUUUUUUGGUUUUUCACAUGUGUGUGCGCUUGCGCAUUUCUAUUUACCUUCUUUUUCCUUAUAGAGACCAAAGGGAAGAGCUUGUUGGAAAUACAAGAACUUCUCAACAAAUAGUAAGCAUUCUCAAUCAAUUGUGCUAAAUCUAUAAAUUUAAUUGGUGUUAAUGUUUGUAAUUUUUGUUUUUCUGUAGUAAAAUUAUAAAUUUAA